GGUAAAGUGUUAAAAAAAAUCAACGUAAGUUUUAUUAACUAAAAAGUAAGUUUUCUGUGGUUCUUAAUCAAAAUGUAAAUCACAGUUAGAAGUUGACAUAAUUAAAAUCGUGCAAAAAGCUAUGUUCCUACUACUAAGCUUUAGCAGGAAGCGAAGGCGAACAAACAAAAGUGGUGUUAUAAUUUCCCUGGACAGUGGUCCUCGGAUAUAAUAUUAACCCAAUCUCAAACUCCGGUCGUCACCCAUACCCAUAAUUUCACGGAGACCGCAGUAGUUCUAUAUCGUGGUUUGGUGGGAGACGCGUUCGGCGCGUUAUGUUAUGAUUAAAACAGGCAUCUAUAAAUGACGCUCUUUAAUUAAAAAUUUGCAUAUGAACAGUAGCCGCCCCCAUAUCAAACCUGUAGGUACGACUUAACUUCACUCCUCAUCGAUUUAUUCUAAUGGACGGAAACCACGUAAACCGCAUCGUAAUAAGUUUGGAUGAAUACCAGCAAAUUAAUCAUAUUAUCAGCCUACUUAGUGGUGGCUGUGUUCGCUAUAUCGGAAGAGCAAGAGUCCUAUACAUAUCAAAAACGAGGACCAGCAGAAUUUAGUUUGGGUCCAAGAUAUGGAAGAGCCAAAGUAGACGUUCCCGUACAAAGAAGCGGCAAAUUACAGCACAGAAGCAACCAAUUCUAUUUGGGACCCAGAUAUGGUAAACGAUCCAGCGACCCACAGGCCAUCAUGAGCGUAUUCCCACAAUCUCAACAUCGUCAACCGCCCUGUUUCAACGAUAACGACUUCGCGUGUGACUACACAGGAGUAUCCAAUUUGUACCGUUGUAUUGAAAG